AAUGAACAUGUUGACUACGUAGAUGUUGGCGGUGCUUAUGUAGGCCCGACCCAGAAUAGGAUCUUACGGUUAUCUAAGCAACUGGGUUUAGAAACUUACAAAGUGAAUGUAAAUGAACGUCUUGUUCAUUAUGUCAAGGGAAAAACUUAUCCAUUUCGGGGUGCCUUCCCUCCAGUAUGGAAUCCCAUUGCCUAUCUGGAUUACAACAACCUGUGGCGGACCAUGGAUAACAUGGGAAAAGAGAUUCCAGCUGAUGCACCAUGGGAGGCCCCACAUGCAGCAGAAUGGGAUAAGAUGACUAUGAAAGAUCUCAUCGAAAAAAUCUGCUGGACAAAGACUGCUCGGCAGUUUGCAUCUCUCUUUGUGAAUAUCAACGUGACCUCUGAACCCCAUGAGGUGUCUGCCCUGUGGUUCUUGUGGUACGUGAAACAAUGUGGAGGCACCACUCGGAUAUUCUCCAUUACCAACGGGGGCCAGGUAUGAAGUAUCCAUUCUCACACUAAACUU